GUCCUGAGUCCCAUCUCGCAAAAAAGUCACUGCACGUUGCUCGCACACAAACAACACACUUCGAGAUCGAUGGAUCCAAGUUUAUACCAACAACAACCAACAGAAGCAGCAGUUGCUGGUGGCUAUCCUCAGCCCUAUCUAAAUAACUUUUCAAAUAACCCGGCAUACAUGGGAGCAGCAGCCAAUGGAAUAAACUCGAUGAUGUCUAAUCUUGGAAAUCGUGCAAUGUUUAGCGCACCUGUUGGAGCUCCAGUUGCUGCAGUGUCAUCAAUGUCAGCAAAUGGCAUGCCACCGGCAAAAAGAGUUGCGUUAGCACCACCACCAACAACAAUGCAAAAUAUGUAUCAGAAUUUAUCACCAAAUCAAUUCUUUGGACCAAUGACACAGACAGGAGGCAAUAAUAGCAGCGAUAAUAAUACUAAUAAUGCCGGUCAAUCAAUGCUUAGAUUAACUAGAUCUAAUCAUUCACCAUUUAUGAAUCCAAUGAGUCAGGGGAUUGAUAUGAAAGCCCAAACAGCAGCAACCAUGCAAGCCAAUAAUCCAUAUGCACCAAUUUAUGGACAAUAUCCACAGCAGGCUCAGAAGCCUGCUGUUGGAAUGAAUAACCUAAUGAAUCAAUCAAUUCAUGGUAUAGAUGAUAAUGGAGUUGGAUGGUUGGAUAUGGAUGAUCCAAAUACUGUUUAUGAUUUUAGUAUAACCGGUGGAGGUUUGGAGCUCUCGAAUGCUUCAAGUAUUUCGAAUUGGAAUGCAUUACAGGAAAAUUUUAAUUAUUCUACAAAGCCAUACUCAUCAUCUAUAAAUCCAAGUCAUCAACAACAACAAUCAGAACAAAUGACAACUUUAUCGCAAUCUCAUCAAGCGGAUCAAAAUUCGAACUCCUUACAAGGUAAUUUAAAUUUUAUGACACGGGCUACCAAACCAUACAAUCCAUUAGAUCAAAACCAUCAAGAUUCUUCAUCGUUAUCCCAAUCAUCAGAUACAAAUCAACAAAUUAAGACCACAAAUAUGUUACAACAACACCAACCACCACAAUCACUUUCACAAUCUUCUCAAAAUGACAUAGGAUCUCAUGGAAUGCUUAGUGGUCAGGUUCCAGUAUCACAAAAAAGUAUACAGAGAAAUCCCUCAAGCAAUAUGCAACAUAAUUAUCUUGAUACUAUGCAAAUGCUGUCUGUCGGCUCUGGUAACAAUAACUUGUCUGCGAUUUAUGGUAAUCAAAUUAAUUAUAAUCAACCCAUACGAGCAUCUCCCUCGAGACAGUUUCCUAAAACUUACACGAAUGAAUCACUUCAAAUGUCAAAUUCUUUAAUGGGAGGAUAUCCACAAUCUCCAACACCAUCGGGGAAACAAUUGACUGAUACUCGAUCAAUAGCGCAGCAACAGCAAUUAUUCAUUCAUUCAACAAAUUCACAACCCACUAAUCCAUUAAUACCUUCACAAACUCAAGCAGCUCUUUCAGCUUCAUCGCAUUCAAAACAACCAACACCUCUUAUAAGAAAGCAGCCACAACGACCAAAUAAAGUUACUUAUUUCCCCAAAACCAGAACAGUAGAAACUUAUGGUGGGAUAGAUUUAAGGGUAUUUGAAAGAUUUUCUAUACCCUUAAAUUUACCUGGAAUUCAAGACUUGGGUGCCGUUGAUAUUCACGCUCUUACAAUGUCACUAAAGUCUAAUAUGAAACUUGAAGUGACCAAUGCGCUCAAUACACUGACCACUAUUACAAGCCAGAGAAAUAUCACGAUAGAUCUGAGGCUAUGCACAGAUUUGCUGGAUGUAUUGCUUGAUGCAUUAGUAGAAUACGCCGAUGAUUAUUCAUCGUAUACAGAAGAAUCGGACGAGAAUCUUGGACCGGAACGCAAAUUUUUAACAUAUCAAGAACUUGUCGAACUAUCAAGGAACGAAUAUUUUGAGCUUGCUUAUGAAAGCUCAAGCGUAUCGGAAGGAUGGUUAUCACGUCGGGAACAAUGCUGGUGUAUAACGAAUUUAAUAAGAAAUUUCUCGUUUAUGGGUGAAAACCAGCUGUAUCUUGCAAAACAUUCUCGACUAUUGACUGUAUUGAUGCGAAUGUUAUACAUUGGUGAAUACGAUGAAAGUGACAAGGGCAACAUUAAUAAGUCAAUAAAAGGAAAAGAAAAAGAAGUCGAUAAUGAUCUACAGAAUGGAAACCAAACAUCGGAGAAAGAAACGAAUCAUAUUAAAAAAUCGUCAUUAAAUCUAAUACAUCAGAAGAGAGGAGCUCUUGAUAUUCUUGAUUAUCGCAAAAGCAUGCUGACUAUUCUAUCGAACAUUGCUUCUUAUCUCAUAUUACCCUCCGUUAGCAUAAGUAGAGAUCUUUUAUCAAUAUUAGCAGACUUUCUAGAACAUACCGAAGACUAUUAUGCACAAGUGGCAUUGGAAGUCCUGGCAAAAAUAUCGGUAGCAUAUGAAAAUCGACAAUUAAUUGGUGGAUGUUCGGAAUCGACCAUACUCUCGUUAUUCAAUUGUUUGAUAAGAAUGUUACCACGUGGGGAUAGAAUUGACGCUAAUCGAGUUUUACAAGAAUUAGCAAAUUUGGAGAGCGUGGUUAUGGCGCUAUAUAAUCUCGCAUGUUUGAGUAACGAGUCUUUAAGACGAAAGAUGGUAAAUACUGCUGGAUUUGUACCUCGAAUGCUGAAAAUGUCAAUAACAUUAGCCAGUAUUGGCAAUGAUCCAAAUACUAGUGUGUUCACAAUAUUAUGUCGAAGAGCGAUAGAAACAUUGAAAGUGCUGGCGAAAGGCAACCAAAGUGUUUUCCUUGUAUAUACUGAACAAUUAAUGCAUGCUCUAUUGACUCCAUAUAUAGAUCCUGUCGUGGAAAGAGACUUGGAAUCAAUUAUGUAUCCAG